AUGGAUGAUGGAGAUAUAGUGACCUUCAAAGAUACCCUCCAAGCCUCAUUCAAGUGGAUUAAUCUCCCUCCCAUAGGAGUCACUACCAACCUUUUCCCUUGGAUCUGUUGGAAUCUCUGGACAGCGAGAAAUCUACUAACGUUUGAGAAUCGAACACUCUCCCCACAGGAGGUUGUCUUAAAAGCAACCCGAGCUUCAAAGGAAUGGGAAAUGGCCCAGCCGUGUCACCGCCCAACCCCUACCCCUCCGAUCACCCAAAGACAUGCAGUGGAGACGCCAUCGCCGACGACCUUCUACGACAAGGGUCACGAGCUUACCAGAGGAUCAAGCGCUCAACACCACGUUUCAUCUGCCUUGAUGGCGGAGGCACUAGCAAUAAGGGAAGCGUUGAUCCAUGCCUCCUCGCUCAAUCUCACCAAAAUCUGUCUCAGAACAGACUCUCAAGAGCUCGUUAGAGCAAUCACUACGGGAAGAAGACCUUCGGACCUCUUUGGAGUUCUCUCGGACGUCGACUCUCUGGCAUCUCCUCCGACAUCACCUUUCGCUGUUUGUCGUUUUGUUUUCAUUUCUCGGGCCUCUAAUGGAUCAGCAGAGUCAUUAGCUAAAGCCACUCUAUCCUUGUACUUGGGCCUUAGGCGGUAA